AUGACACGUCACCAGACACAUCUUCCAUUUCAUAUUGUACAGGAAGGGAAUGCGAACGAGAAGCCGCCGUACAGCUACGUGGCACUUAUUGCGAUGGCUAUCGAGGCGUCGCCGGAUAAACGAAUGACGUUGAAUCAGAUUUAUAAGUUCAUCGAGGCGAAAUUUCCGUACUACCGUGACGCGGACGCGAAACGAAAGCAGGGAUGGCAGAACAGCAUUCGUCAUAAUCUCUCGUUGAACGAUUGUUUUGUGAAGAAGGCGAGGGACGGACAAAGUUGUGCCAAUGACAGAAAGGGCAACUAUUGGCAGAUGGUAGCAGACAAUGCGCCGCAGUUUGACAAUGGAAAUUUUAAGAGAAGACGUGUCAAACGGUUGGGUAUUGGAAAAAUGGCGACGUAUGGGAACAAUAGUGGAAACCAUAACAACGAGAAUACGGAGACGUCGGCGGCGGGGACUGGAGGGACCAUUCUGGCGACACCGCAGAUACCGUUUUUCAAUGGGUUGAAGUGGCCACAGAAUAUUCAGACGAUGGACCCGUUUCAGUUUUUUAAGUUCCCCUACCCUCCUCCACCAGUCACCGAUCCGUCAUCCAACAACUCCUCGUCAUCCACUUCCUUCGACUCGUCUCUCUACACAAGUGCCUUCCCAAUCCCCACAUCUCACUUCGACACCUCUCUAGUUGCUCCGCCCCCUCCAGUUCUCACUUCUGAUGACACCCUGACAUCAGACUCUUCAUUGGUAAAGGAGGAGUUGUUAGAUAUGAAACCACUGAUCCCAGGGAUUCCUAGCGCCAGCUUUUUCACGAGUCUCGGACAAAUGACAACAACUACAGAUCCAAGGACUAUUGAGCAACAGCAGCUCCUGUCCACCGCUACCAACAUGUACCCCAACGCCUUCAUGUCACCGUACACCAGUUGGUCGUGUCAACCGACAACUACCUUCCCAGGACUCUCAUUUGAUGAUCCCUCACUAUAUUGUUAUGGACAACAAUUUCCAGCGUCGUCUUGA